CGUCCGGCACCGCGUGUGGAGGCGGCGCCGCGCAGCCAUGGCGGAGCUGGGAGGCCCCGGGAGCUCCGUGCGGCCGUCGGGCGGUCGGAAGAUGUCCCUGCAGAGAUGUGAAACAUGUAGCAAAGAGGAAGCUAAGUACAGGUGUCCACGAUGCAUGAAGUAUUCAUGCAGUCUGCUGUGUGUAAAGAAGCAUAAACUUGCACUGAGCUGUAAUGGAGUCAGGGAUAAAACAGCAUUUGUCCCUGUAAAUGAGUUUACUGACUUGAACCUUUUGAGUGAUUAUCGUUUCCUGGAAGAUGUAGGAAGGACAGCUGAUGCUGCUGCUCGACAUCCUAUUGUGCAUAGUCCAUCAACAAAAAAACUUUUAUAUUGCUUGAGAAACAAAGCUCGAAGGUGUGAUAUUGACCUGAGAACACUGCCCAUUGGGUUUACAAAAAGAAGAGAAAAUUCAACAACCUUCAAUUUCAUGGAGAAAAAAUUCUACUGGCAUUUGAAGCUGAUAUUUCCACAUUGUCAUGCUGAAUACACUUUAAAAGGGGUGCCCGAUGAUAAAACCCUGGUGGAGUCAGAUCCUGUAGUUUGUCAAAGAUUAAAAACCUACACAAUGUCUCCUCAGUCAGAUGUACAAAUUUUAAUGAAAAUAGAAAACAGGAAGCAAAACUCCAUCAGGUACAAUGAACUUGAUGCCAGUAGAAGCCUCCUGGACAAUUUGAAAGGCAAAAUAAUAAUUGAAUAUCCAACAUUAUUUGUGGUCUUGAAAACGCUAAAGAAUGACAUGGUGGUUCUUAGCCAAGAUGCCAGUGAAGCUGCAGAGAGCUCGGACAGUGAAAGUUCAUCCCUUUCAUCUAUGGAAGAAGGGGAAAUUCGGGACAGUUCAUGAUGGUUCUUUGAGAGAAGAAGGUGGAAUGAGCCUUUCGGGGUUUUUUGGUUGUUGUUCUUUUAAUUUAAUUAAAUCCUUUUUUAUACAAGUGAGUUCUCAGAGGUUUGGUUUGGCUUCCCUCACUAAAGGCAGCACUUCCAAACUACCUGCCUGUCUUAGAAUUUAGGAAUGCAUGUUUAGGGGUGUAAAUAAAGAGACUGGGAAUUGCUGGUUUCAGAAAAAGAUAUAUUCUUGUUUAAUUGCACUCUUUUUUCCAUGUAUUUUUAAUAAAUCAGAGUAACCCAAAUUUAAAGUUUCCAAGUUAGUUUCUACAAUGUUUUUUAUUUUUACCCUAACAGCUUAGUGUGUGAUUUCUAAGUUAUCACAUACUCAUACAUAGAUUAUAUAUAUGGAUAAGCCAUAAUGCUUAAACUUACUGAGAAAAACCCACUGGCAUUUCACUAGAUUAAUUUUCUUUCAGAAUAUUUCUUUAUCCUCCUGACCCACUGCAAAUGAUCUUUACUUUGACUUUUUUUGUUACAUUUUGAGUGCCCAGAACAAUUUUUUUUUUCCGUAUUUGGUGUCACCUUGUUGAAUGUCUGAGGGACAGGCCAGACCAUGUUUUCUGGGUGGCAUGUUGCUAUAUGUUUAAUCUACCAUGGUCUUCUAAAUUAGCAUGGGGUGUAAAAUCAAUAGGAAUGGAUACAUAGAGUGUAUGUCUGGUGUGCAGACAUAUUGGUCUUCUAAACACUGCUUGUAUUCUGCAUCUCAGUUUACCUACUGAAGCUGGCUAUUGUAAAUAUUUACUGGAAUAUAAGCUGAAUUUGCUUACUUA